AGAUGAUAAUUACCAGAUCAGACCGUCUUGGUUUUAGCACCAUCAGAUAAAUCUUUCCUCUUCCAUAAACCAGCACAGGGAAUGUCUUGCAGCUCCUCCCUCUACCAUAGACAUGAAGAUGUAACAUUGGCUGAGCAGAGCGUACAUGUUCAUGAGGCAGGCAGCAGAAUGAAGAAAUAUCCUAGCAUACCGAGAAUGCUUGGGACACCACAGAUUUAUACACCCAUUAUGGCACGAGAUUUAAGAGUUCCUAUGGACCAGGAUUUGGAUGUCGAAAUUGCACCCAGGGAGCCUAAAAAGUUACCCAAACAGGCUCGUGAAAAUCCGCCUUUGAUUUCAGAUCGUUCACAUCACUUAACUGAGCACAAUAAGCCCCGUCAGCGAUAUAUGGAAAAAGAUGGCAAGUGCAACGUUCACCACGGCAACGUGAAGGAAACCUACCGCUACUUCAGUGACAUGUUCACCACUAUGGUUGACCUAAAGUGGAACUUUAGCCUGUUUAUUUUCACGCUCGUGUACACAGUUACAUGGUUAUUUUUUGGACUCAUUUGGUGGUUUAUUGCUUAUCUCAGAGGAGACUUGGAACAUUUAGGGGACAAGGACUGGGUUCCUUGUGUGGAGAAUCUAAAUGGCUUUGUUUCUGCUUUCCUCUUUUCCAUUGAGACAGAGACCACCAUUGGCUAUGGCUAUCGAGUUAUUACAGAGAAAUGCCCCGAAGGAAUAGUUCUGCUUCUCAUUCAGGCAAUUCUUGGCUCUAUCGUUAAUGCUCUCAUGGUAGGGUGCAUGUUUGUAAAGAUAAGCCAGCCAAAAAAACGAGCUGAAACCCUGAUGUUCUCCAACAAUGCAGUGAUUUCCUUGCGAGAUGGUAAAUUAUGCCUCAUGUUUAGAGUUGGAGAUCUGCGAAGCUCCCAUAUUGUGGAGGCCUCAAUCCGAGCAAAACUCAUUAAAUCCAAGCAGACCAAGGAAGGAGAGUUCAUCCCGCUUAAUCAGACGGACAUUAAUGUUGGCUUUGAUACGGGAGACGACCGCCUCUUUCUGGUCUCCCCGCUAAUCAUUUCACAUGACAUCAAUGAAAAGAGUCCGUUCUGGGAGAUGUCACGUGCGCAACAUGAGAUGGAGGACUUUGAGAUUGUGGUAAUCUUAGAAGGCAUGGUGGAAGCUACAGGAAUGACCUGCCAAGCCCGCAGCUCCUAUGUGAACAGAGAAGUCUUGUGGGGGUACCGCUUUAACCCAGUCCUUACCCUAGAAAAGGGUUUUUAUGAAGUGGAUUAUACAACCUUCCACGAUACUUAUGAAACCCCCACACCAAGCUGUAGUGCCAAGGAGCUGGAGGCACUCCAGAGAGAAGACCGGCUGUUUCACCGACUAUAUUCUCCACAAACAUAUGAAGGAACGCAUAAUGGAGCACCCAGAUCUGAUGACACCAAACUAACCUCACAACCAGACUGAAAAAAAACUGCAUACUCUUAGGGUGGGGUCUACUGUGCCUCCAGUGUAAGCAAUAUGGUGAGAAAGCUCUUCUAGAUGGAGACCUACUGGACUUUAGGGUUGGGUCGUGGAAGCUUUGGCCAUGGACUGCAUUGUAAUAUAAGGCGAUAACUGUGUGUCAUAGACACAGGGCAGGCUGUAGUAAUGUCCAAAUAGUGUAAUUGGGCCCUUUUUUCUGCAAAAGUUUAAUCCCUUAACUCUCUCUUGUUGUGUCCUGAAGAGUUGUCAGCAAGUCUACUAAUUAUGUUCACAAAUGCACAAUAAAAUCCAGAAUUAUUCUUUGGUCAUUUUCAUAUCUGACGUUUUCACAGUGCAGACUUUCACUGUUUUUUUGUGAAUAUGAAACUAAAGAAAAUAAAGCUGUUAAAAAUA